UUGCAACAGCCGGACGCAAUCGACAGCCAUCGUCAUCUGGAGAAAACGAGACAUUUCAUACCCUUUGAGGCAAACUGAACAACUAAACAUGGCCUGUUAUGGAUUAUAACAACCAUAUAUGGAUUCAAACACAGGAUAUCUGGAGAAAUAACGCAACAAAUAGCACGAUAAUCGUUCUUGUCACGUGAUUAAGCUCGACCAAUCGGGUCGAGCCAAAUCCGUCUAAAACUAUGCUCUUUGUUCGUGAAUUUCGGCUGCUUUAUCUCGAAAUUUUAAUCAUAAAUUGAGUUAAAAUCAAGAGAUUGGAACAACGAGGACACGCGUGUUUCGGAGGAUCACAACGUGGAUACGUUUUGUUGCCUUUUUGAGGAAUGCCACGUGUUCAGUUUUUGAUAAGCAGCUGCGGUAGGGCUUAUGUUGUCACAUGACGCCCCUCCCCCACCCAGCUCAGGGAAUGGGGGAAGAAGGCGGACAUGUUUGAGGGAAAUGUGUUGGUUAAAAAGUAUCGAGGUGGAGGACAAGAAGAUAAUUUGAAGAAAGGUUUCACAUUACUUUUGGAUUUACAAGGCUACAUUUAUUUUUAUUCUCUUUUUUCGUGUAAUACUUUUUCUCAGAUUUAUAUCUUUGUCUUUUGGAUUAUCUAACUUUAAGUCUUAACUGUAGAUUUCUUUAUUUUAUUUUACCAGGGCUUUAUCAAUUUAUUUGUUUCUUAUGUUAACAUUUAAUAUUGUAUGAAUCUUUCGUUAUUUUCAAUGUUUUACUGAGUGACAUUGUAGGGUAUUUGUAACCUUGUUGUGGGGGAUGGGCCUGUGAGGUUAGGUAACCUCUCUCUGAAAGUCUGUUUUAUUGAAAAUCUGAUUUUUUCUUAAGAAACAUUCUUUGCGAUGUAGGCAUACUUGGUACGAUUAAGCUGUAUGUAGCAAAAACUUCGUGGCCAGUCUUAUUUUCACACACUAAAUAAUUCUGACUCAAUUAUAUGAGUUUCUUUGAUAUGUAACUUUAUCUUGUUAUUUCUUUGGCAGUACUUUUGGUUUUCUUAUUGCUUUGCUUUCGGACAAAGCAAAAUGUUGGGUGAGGUCACUGCGAAACUGCUGUGUCAUUCAGUGGGUCUUGGUGCGUCUUUACAACAAGGUUAGGUGUGGUCUUUUUGUUAGUUGACUGCCGUUUCACUGUUGAUCAGCCGAGUUUGAUGUUUGACCAGGAGUGAAUCGGUAUUUUUAGUUAUGUGAAUUAUGGAGGCCCUGUUUUCUUUUUAGUUUUUUUUUUUUCUUAAACGAAGGUCUUUAUUAUCAGUGGAUUGCUUUUUACGUUAAUUGAUUCGGAUCUGUGCUUGUAGUAUUUUGAAAAAUGGUAAAUCUUUCAGGAAGAAAUCCUCAGAUGACACAGUGUCAUUGUGCUUAAGAUGGCGGCUGUGAGUCUUCUCUGUGAGACAGAAAUGCGGAUAUUCUGGUAAGCGGAGAGCUCGUGGGGAAAGGCUGUGCGCUCUUGAGGGUUGCGCGUGACUUGGUGGAACAACCAAUAGCCUUCUUGGUAUUCACCCUGAAAGCCCGCGUUACUACCGUGUUGACCAAUCCCCACAAUCGCUUCGGAUACAUUGACGUAAUGUAAUAUGAUAAUGAGAAUGAUGACUUCGCGUCCCUUGUAUUAUGUGCAGAAUUAUGAUAAGGACUAGUUACAGGUAGCUUUACAGUUAAAAUCAACCGUUAAGAUACAUCCUGCUUUGUAAUUUCCGUGACCGACAGGAAAACGUUGUUAAAUCGGAUGACCCAAAUGAAUGUCCGCCAAAGUCUCAGUAACAAGGGGUGUGGUGAGUUUGACGGACAUCACAAGCAGCCAGUUAAAAGUUAGUGGGCGUGGAUAGUUGGUGGAGUCCUAUCCAAUAGGGUGAAUGGACUGUCUUUAUAAGCACGGGUGCAGCAGCAUAGUCGCCAUUUCAACGAGCAGAUCAGACGACUUCGCUGUGGCGGGGAACCGGGAAAUCCGCGGACAGAGUCGGAUCCAGGUCUGAGCCUAGCUAUAAACAGAAUCCGGAUCCAUCCUAAUGGAUAUGGCAGUUAACCCGCCAAUUGACAGCUCCCUUGGUGGGGUUGAGAUUGGCAUAAUGGGCAUCACAACGAUGGAACAGAAUUCUGGCACAGCUGGAAAGCGGAUCAGAAAACCUUCGCUGCUUUAUGAGGGUUUUGAGAGCCCUGGGAUGCCCUCCAUUAAUCAGAUGGCACACAUAGGACCCCCUCAGCCCCCAGUGAAGGAUCCGAGCCGUCAAGGAAGGAUGACCAACCAGCUUCAGUUCUUGCAGAAAGUUCUUCUCAAGUCGUUGUGGAGGCACCACUUUGCCUGGCCCUUCCAUGAACCUGUAGAUGCAGUCAAACUCAAUCUGCCCGACUAUCAUAAGAUCAUCAAAACUCCAAUGGACAUGGGCACAAUAAAGAAAAGACUGGAAAAUAAUUACUACCGCUGUGCCAGCGAGUGCAUGCAGGACUUCAACACCAUGUUCACAAACUGCUACAUUUAUAACAAGCCUACAGAUGACAUUGUACUCAUGGCUCAGUCACUGGAGAAGGCAUUCCUGCAGAAAGUGGCCCAGAUGCCUCAGGAGGAGGAAGAGCUGCCUCCUCCCCCUCCACGGAGUAAACCUGGCAAACCUGGAAGAAAAGGAAGAGUUAAUGCAAUCUCUGGAGGAGUGACUACAGCUCAUCAGGUCCCAGCUGUCUCCCAGUCGGCCUACUCGCCUCCCACCCCAGAAACCCCGGACUCAAUCCUCUCCACCCCUCCACAGACACUUUUGACCAAGAGCCUGCCUCCUCCUUUUACAACUGAACAAAGCAUCCCUACCAUUACAAGUCAUCCUCCCACACAGCCCACCACUAAGAAAAAAGGUGUGAAAAGAAAAGCAGACACAACGACACCAACCACAGUCGCCAUGCCCAUCAUGAACACCAUGGGCGUCAGCGGCAUCAGUCUGGGAAUGGGCGGUGGGCACAACUCCCCCCUCACCCUCACUUCUCUUGGAGUGGACCACAACCAAAGCCUGGGAAUGAACCAAGGCCUCAGUCUCAGCCAGGGAAUGGGUAUGGGUAUGGGCAUGGGCAUGGGCAUUGGCAUGGGUAUGGGUAUGAGCUGUGGACCAGUGAUGAUGGGAACCAAAGCAUCAGCCGGGGCCAGGAGAGGAGUAAGUGGACGACCCAUUAAGCCUCCUAAAAAGGAUUUACCUGAUUCCCUGGCUCCACCACCAGUGCGCCGCAGCAAGCUAGGCCCCCAGUUGCGUUACUGCAAUGGAGUCCUAAAGGAACUGCUGUCAAAGAAGCAUGCAGCGUACGCCUGGCCGUUCUACAAACCUGUUGAUGCUUCUACACUUGGGCUCCACGAUUACCAUGACAUCAUAAAACAGCCAAUGGACCUCAGUACCAUUAAGCGCAAGAUGGACAGCAGAGAGUAUCGUGACUCCCAACAGUUUGCUGCUGAUGUUCGACUGAUGUUUUCCAACUGCUACAAGUACAACCCUCCAGAUCAUGAUGUGGUGGCCAUGGCCAGGAAACUGCAGGAUGUCUUUGAAUUCUGCUUUGCAAAGAUGCCAGAUGAGCCUCCAGCACCCCCUAGCUCCUCAUCUUCCUCCUCCUCCUCUUCAUCAUCAUCAGAGAGUGAGCUCAGCAGUGAAAGUGAGGAGAGUGAGAGCAGCCCAAGCUCUGACUCUGAAGAGGAGAGGGCAAACCGACUGGCAGAGCUGCAGGAACAGCUAAAAGCUGUGCAUGAGCAGCUCACUGCACUCUCCCAAGGCCCCAUUGUCAAACCCAAGAAGAAGAAAGAGAAAAAAGACAAGAAAAAGAAGAAAAAGGUUGAGAAAGAGAAGCAUCGGAGGAUUGAGGAAGAUUUACCACCUAUUAAACCUGCGAAGACCCCUAAGAUGUCCAAAACUCCUAAAUCCAAGACCAACAAGGGACCGACCUGCCCUGUAAUGCCAAUUAAGAAAGCACCGAGCAAGAAAAACAACAAGAGCAAAUCCAAAAAGACCAGCAUGACAUUUAGCAUGCCUCAGACGGCUCUUGAACCCUUAGUAAGUCAUUUUGACUCUGAUGAAGAGGAGGAGACAGCCCCCAUGUCGUAUGACGAGAAGCGCCAACUCAGCCUGGACAUCAACAAGCUGCCCGGUGAGAAACUGGGCCGCGUUGUCUACAUCAUCCAGUCCCGCGAGCCGUCGCUCAGGGACACCAACCCAGAGGAGAUUGAGAUAGACUUUGAGACCCUGAAGCCGUCCACACUGCGGGAGCUUGAGAGAUAUGUCAUGACAUGUUUGAGGAAGAAACCCCGGAAACCUUACGCAAGUAAAAACAACAUUGCUGGCAAGUCCCGGGAAGAGAUCGCUUUGGAGAAACAACUUGAGCUGGAGAGAAGGCUGAUGGACGUUAGUGGUCAGCUCAAUUCUGGAAAGAAACCACCCAAGACCAAACCAGAGAAACCAACAACAGAGCAGCACACGCAGCCGUCACGUCUCAGUGCCAGUAGCUCCUCCUCGGACUCCUCUUCAUCCUCCUCCUCGUCCUCAUCUUCAGACACAAGUGACUCAGACUCAGGCUGAGAGGUGGAGGGUUUUCUGUGUGAAUGGGUCACGCCAAAGACCCAGAGCAUUUUGUCAAGAACGGACUGAACUGCUGCAGAGCUAGCGAGGAAUGAGCCGCUGGACGGACCGCACAAGAGCAGCACUGAGCAGAACUGGUCCGACUCAAGUUUAGACCGAGGAAGACAGAGAUGGGGCUUUCCCUGUGCUCGCCUCGUUCAUCCAGUCCUGUCCUGGACUAACAGCUGAUGAAUGCAACAGAGGAUCCUAGUUAACAGCCUCUUAAGGCAGAGCCAGGGAUGCUUCAUCUCCUGCAAAAAACUCAACGAAAAAAGUGACGCAUGCGUUUGGAGGGAUAAGGGUGCUACUGCCAGAAUCUGUCUUAUUUCUGGAGAUAAUUUCCCUUCUUUCCGUGCUCCCUGUCUUUAUGCUGUAUAGUUAAGGUGUACAGUUAUAUAAAUAUCUAUUUUUCUUUUAUAAAGAAGCAUUUUAUGGAGCUAAUUUAUUCCCUCAUUCUGGGGAAGACUGGUGUGGGUGAAGCUGUGUUUUAGUUUUUGUUUAGCUUUUUUCUUGCGUCGUAGAAGGUCGAGGGGAAACACGUGUGUUUGAUUGUGUGUUGUGAGAAUGUGUUGGUGCAUGUGUGAGUGUGUAACCGUAUGAGUGUGUAAUGUACGCAUGCACAUGUGUGGGUAAGAUCCAGCACCUCAAGUGCAGCCUUGUGAAGUUCCUCAUAGAUUUAACGCAGGCGUUGAAAAUCAGUCUGCACGCAGAAGCACCUUGGUUCAUGAAAUACAGAAUGCAUGCAAUACAGGAGAGCUGACAGACAUCUGCAUACUCAUGUACUUCUUUACUGCAUACUUGUGUACUCAUGUUUUAAAGGGUUGGCCACUUGUACAGAAAUGUAACAUAGUUACACAAUAGUUUAUACUUAAAUAUUUCUGUCCCCAUGUGUGCUGUCUUUUUUUUUCAUCCAUUUCUCUGUAAACGUGUUCAUUUUCUCUUCUUGUGACCAAUCUGCUAAUAAAUAGUGAGGACUUGUUUUGUCUGCUCACCUGUGCCCACGUAA